AUGUCCGCCGUAAUUGGUAUUACCUUCGGUAACACGUCUUCUUCUAUUGCAGUUGCAACCCAAGACGGAAAAGUCGAUGUUAUCGCAAACCCAGAUGGUGAUCGUUCGAUUCCUUCCGUUCUUUCAUACGUUGGAUCUGACGAAUAUCACGGAGCCCAGGCUCAGGCGCAAUUAGUUAGAAACCCUAAGAACACGAUUGUUAACUUCAGAGAUUUCAUUGGUAAGAGCUUAGAUGAAGUUGAUGUGUCCGUCACAGAUAUUGGUGCCCCAGCCAUCAAGACAUCAGAUAAUAAGAUUGGUUUCGAAAUUACCAGAGAAAAUGGAAAAGUUGAAACUGUCAGUGUUAACGAAGCCACCAAGAGACAUUUCCAACAGAUGAAGGUUGCUGCCGAAGAUUACAUUGGUAAGUCUAUCGAAGGUGUCGUUCUUACUGUGCCAACUGACUUCAAUGAACACCAAAGAAAUGAAUUAGCCAAGAUCACAACUGACGCUGGCUUAAAGGUCUUACAAUUAAUCAACGAACCAUCCUCUGCUUUGUUAGCUCAUUUGUCAUCCGAAGGUGAAGAUUUGUUAAAGGACAAGAUUUACGUUGUCGCUGACUUUGGUGGUAUUAGAUCCGAUGCUGCUGUCAUCGCCGUUAGAGGUGGUGUCUUAACUAUAUUAGCUACUGCCCAUCAACAUGGCUUAGGUGGUUCCAACUUGGACGAUGUCUUAGCUGAAUACUUUGCUAAAGAGUUUGAAAAGAAAUACAAGGCUAACCCAAGAACUACUGCCAGAUCCUUAGCUAAGUUGAACUCUGAAUCCAUCACCGUCAAAAAGACUUUAUCCAACGUUCAAACCUCUACCUGUUCUAUCGAAUCAUUAGCUGAUGGUUUAGAUUUCCACACUACCAUCAACAGAUUAAGAUAUGAGUUAACUGCUAGACAAGCCAUCUCUGAAAUGACCGGCUUCGUUGAAAAAGUUGUAUCUAAGGCCGGUUUAGAAAACUUGGACAUCGAUGAAGUCUUAUUAGUCGGUGGUACCGCAAACACCCCUAAAUUAGCUAGUAACAUCGCUUUCAUCUUCCCAGAAUCUACCACUGUUAUUGCUCCAUCAUUAGACUCAAAGGCUGUCAACCCAUCUGAAUUGGUCUGUCGUGGUGCUGCUUUACAAGCUUCAUUGAUUGAAUCUUUUGAUGAAGAAGAAAUCAAAGAAUCCUUACAACCAGUAGUUGUCAACACUCAACAUUUAUCGAAGGCCAUUGGUAUCAAGGAUGCCGAAGGUAACUUCCAACCAAUCUUAGUUGCUGAAACUGCGUACCCAAUCAAGAAGUCUAUUGAAGUCACUAACGGUUCAUCCGAUUCAGUUCUCGUUGCUUUAUACGAAGGUAAGAAGACUAUCAAAGAAACUGUCAUUGAACCUGAACAAAACGAUGAAUCUGAUGAUGAUUACUCUGAUGACGAACCAGAAGUUAGAAGAGAAGCUGUCUAUGAAUGUGGUGAUUUAUUAGCUGAAUUAUCCUUAAAGGAUUUAAAGCCAAACUCUAAGUUAGAAGUUAUUGUUAACAUUACCCAAAACGGUACUUUACAUGUUUCCGGUAGAGAAUUGAAACCAGGUUCUGUUGUUGUUAAGGGUGAAAUUACCGCUUGA